CCAAAUAAAGCCAUGUGUCAGAGCGCACCAUGUUGUCUGUUGUCGGUAGACCUGUACCCAGACUCAUCUCCGGUACCUUGCGUAAAGCUACAUUUACAAUGGCAGACGCUCUGGCGAAAAUCCCCGAUGUGGAGAUUGAUCCAGAGGGAACAUUUAAGUACAUACUGGUCAGAGUGAAAGUGAAAGAUGGCGAUGUCAAUAAAGACAUAGUCCGAGGCACUAAAAGUGCAGAGUAUCACAAUCAUAUAUUUGAGAAAGUCAGUCCAACUAUGGAGGCCUUGGGGAUGGAAUGUAAAUGCCUUGGAGGAGGGAAGAUAGAGCACAACAGCCAAGAGAAAAAACUAAGGGUGUUUGGAGAAUCAACUGCAUUUGGUAAAGCAGACCAUUCCGUGUCUGUAGAGAAGUUGAAGAGUGUCUUCAGCGACUAUGAGAUUACCUGGUCUGAUGACAAAAAAUAAAGUGUAAACAUUUUUUCAUUUAAAAUGUCAGCAUUUAAUAAUCAGUUCCAGUAUGAAAUCCACAUAAUAACUGACUCUUCUGUAAAACCAUCAUUUAAUUCAAAUACAUCAUUCUACAUUUAA